CCGAACCCUAGCCCUAAAUUUGAGGCCUUUUCGGCCAGGAAAAAGAAAUUCAACUGAGGUCUUCUAUAAAAAGUAGAGAAAUAACAUCGAACACAUUGUAGACAAUGUAAACACCUGCUAAAAAUCUUUAAGAACCACAUCCACACUCAGCAGUUCCAACAGCUUUAAUAGCCAUUUUAUUUCUUUUUUCAUUUCAUUUCUUGCUUUUUCCCUUGUAUUAAAGUAUAGCUGAAAAGGCGAUUUGUUAAAGAAAUGGGUUCAACAGCGCAGUCGCCGUCUCUGAAAAGACGGGAUGCUCCAGUAACAAGAGAAGGGGAUGUACUAACUGUUACUCCUCUUGGGGCUGGUAAUGAAGUGGGCCGUUCCUGUGUGUACAUGUCUUAUAAAGGAAAAAUUGUUUUGUUCGAUUGUGGAAUUCAUCCGGCUUACUCAGGCAUGGCCGCGUUGCCAUACUUCGAUGAGAUUGAUCCUUCCACUAUUGAUGUGCUUCUCAUUACACACUUUCACUUGGAUCAUGCUGCAUCUCUACCUUAUUUCUUGGAGAAGACCACAUUUAAAGGACGUGUUUUCAUGACUCAUGCUACAAAGGCUAUUUAUAAGUUGCUUUUAACUGAUUAUGUGAAAGUGAGCAAGGUUUCCAUUGAAGAUAUGUUGUUUGAUGAACAAGACAUAAAUCGCUCCAUGGAUAAAAUUGAGGUUAUUGAUUUUCAUCAAACGGUGGAGGUGAAUGGCAUUAAAUUUUGGUGCUACACUGCUGGACAUGUGCUUGGUGCUGCCAUGUUUAUGGUUGACAUUGCUGGUGUUCGACUUCUCUAUACUGGAGACUAUUCGCGUGAAGAAGAUCGGCAUCUUCGAGCUGCUGAGAUGCCACAAUUCUCCCCUGAUAUUUGUAUAAUUGAAUCAACUUAUGGUGUUCAGCUCCAUCAACCUCGGCAUAUUAGAGAAAAGCGAUUCACUGAUGUCAUCCACUCAACUAUUUCUCAAGGUGGACGUGUUUUAAUCCCAGCAUUUGCCCUUGGCCGUGCCCAAGAACUUCUCUUAAUCCUUGAUGAGUAUUGGUCAAACCAUCCCGAGUUACAUAAUGUUCCAAUAUAUUAUGCUUCUCCCCUAGCAAAAAAAUGUAUGACUGUUUAUCAGACAUAUAUCCUAUCAAUGAAUGAGAGGAUCCGCAACCAGUUUGCAAACUCAAAUCCCUUCAAAUUCAAACACAUAUCACCAUUAAAUAGCAUCGAGGAUUUUACUGAUGUGGGGCCAUCAGUGGUCAUGGCAAGUCCUGGUGGACUGCAGAGCGGGCUAUCGAGGCAGCUGUUUGAUAUGUGGUGCUCUGAUAAGAAAAAUGCUUGUGUUUUACCUGGAUAUGUUGUUGAGGGAACUCUAGCUAAGACUAUCAUUAAUGAACCAAAGGAGGUUACACUGAUGAAUGGACUAGCUGCUCCCCUGAACAUGCAGGUCCAUUAUAUUUCAUUCUCUGCCCAUGCUGAUUAUGCUCAGACAAGUACAUUCUUGAGAGAGCUCAUGCCUCCUCACAUAAUUCUUGUUCAUGGUGAAGCUAAUGAAAUGGGAAGGCUCAAGCAGAAGCUUAUUACAGAGUUUGCAGAUGGAAACACCAAAAUUGUCACUCCUAAGAAUUGUCAGUCUGUUGAGAUGCUUUUCAACUCUGAAAAAAUGGCAAAAACCAUUGGGAGACUGGCUGAACAGACCCCAGAAGUUGGUGAAACUGUCAGCGGCAUACUAGUCAAGAAAGGCUUCACAUACCAAAUUAUGGCACCUGAAGAUCUUCAUGUAUUCUCACAAUUAUCAACAGCAAACAUUACUCAGAGGAUUAGUAUUCCAUUUUCUGGUGCCUUUGGUGUGAUAAAACAUCGGCUUGAGCAGAUAUAUGAGAAUGUGGAAUGUGGGACGGAUGAGGAGUCUGGCGUUCCGACGUUGCAAGUGCAUGAGCGAGUGACAGUGAAGCAGGAGUCUGACAGGCACAUUUCACUUCAAUGGACUGCAGAUCCUAUUAGUGAUAUGGUGUCUGACUCGGUUGUAGCUCUAGUUCUGAACAUCAGUCGGGAGGUUCCCAAGGUAGUAGUGGAGUCGGAGGCUGUGAAUUCAGAGGAAGAAAAUGGUAAGAAAGCAGAAAAGGUUAUACAUGCACUUCUUGUUUCACUCUUUGGAGAUGUGAAGCUUGGAGAGAAUGGGAAGCUCAUUAUAAGUGUGGAUGGGAAUAUUGCGGAGCUAGACAAACAGAGUGGGGAUGUUGAAAGUGAGAAUGAAGGUCUGAAGGAAAGAGUUAGAACAGUAUUCAGGCGAAUUCAGAGCGCAGUGAAGCCGAUUCCGCUCUCAGUAUCAUAGCUUCUUCCAUUUUUCUGCCCAUGGUUUAACAUGUUCCCUGGCUGCGAGGAUAAGUUUUGUGAUUGUAAACUCUAGUUCUCAGCUUGUAUAGCUCACAAUUGAAGCAGAUCAUGGAUAAAAUUAACAGUUCUCGUCAUGUAAUCCUGAAGGAUCUUCUGUCUAUGAUUUUAUUAGACCAUUCUUAGAAAACUUUAAUGCAAGCUUUUGCUUAUCUAUAA